CGGGCCGAGCGCGCGGCGCGGGCUCAGCCCCAAGGGGGAAGGAGUGGCGGCCUGGGGGAAACAUGGCGGCGGCGCGGGAAGAGGGAAAAGCUGUGAAGCGUCGUGAGUCUCCUUACGUACUGGGCUCCAUCGUCAGGGUCUUAAUGAAGAACUUCCUGACAUACACUGUCUGUGAAGUAUAUCCAGGGCCCAGCCUGAACGUGGUUGUUGGUUCUAAUGGCACAGGCAAGUCAAGUAUUGUUUGUGCCAUCUGCUUGGGACUGGCUGGAAAACCUGCUUUCUUAGGGCGAGCUGAUAAGGUUGGUCUGUUUGUGAAGCAGGGGUACAUGAAAGGCGUAGUGGAAAUUGAACUGUUUCAGUCACCAGAAAAUAUUAUUAUCACACGUGAGAUUUAUGUGGUGAACAACGCAUCAGUGUGGUAUAUCAACAGAGAACCAGCAACCCUGAAAACAGUGGAAGAACAAAUUGCAGCCUUAAACAUCCAGGUGGACAAUUUGUGCCAGUUUCUUCCUCAGGACAAAGUUGGAGAAUUUACAAGAUUGAGUAAGGCUGAGUUGCUCGAAGCCACUGAAAAGUCCAUUGGUUCUCCAGAAAUGUACCAGUUGCAUUGCGAACUGAAAAAUUUCAGAGAAAAGGAAAGAGAACUAGAGAACUUGUUCAGAGAAAAAACCACCUCAUUGGAGAAAAUGAAGCAGAGGGUUGAACGGUACAAGCAAGAUGUUGAAAGAUACCAUGAAUGCAAGCGCCAUGUGGACUUAAUAGAGAUGCUUGAGAGGAAAAGGCCAUGGCUGGAAUAUGAAAACCUUCGUGAACAGCAUGAAGAAGUGAAACAGUGCCGAAACCAAGUUCAGAAAGAACUGAAGUGUCUGAGAGAAAAGCAGGCCCCAUGGACAAGAAACAUUCAAAAAGCUGAAGAAAAUUUAAACAAUCUGGAUAUGAAAACCAGAGAUAAUACUGCUGAAAUCAGAAAUAUUUCCCAGAAGUGUAAAGAGAAACAAGAUGCUUUGGAGAUGAAAGAUAAACAGAUUGAAGAAAUUAAUCAAGCAUUCAGAAUGAAAAAAGAUGAAGAAAGAAGCAGGCAGAAGAAAAUAGACCAAACUCAACAAAUAAUACAAGAGUGGCAGAAUGAGCUGGAUACAAUGGCAGUCUGUGAGAAUCUUCAGCCACAAAUUGAUGCUGUUAAUACUGAGCUGAAAAAAUUACAAGAAGAGAAAGCAAAUAUUGAUAACGAUGUUAGUGAUCUAAGAGCAGAAAAAACCAACCAAGAGCGAGAAGAGAAAAGAAUAAUUGAUCGCCUUGGACAACUUAAUAAUAUAAUGCAUGUGAAGGAAGAGAAGCUUAAACAGAGGUUCCAAGACACGCACUCUGCUCUUAUGUGGCUAAGAAAGAACAAAGACAAGUUUAAAAAAAAGCCUUGUGAACCCAUGAUGCUUGAAAUCAAUAUGAAAGACAGUAAAUUUGCACAAUAUGUUGAAAAUCACAUUUCGUCCAAUGACUUGAGGGCUUUCGUUUUUGAGUGUCAAGAAGAUAUGGAGACAUUUCUGGUGGAGGUGCGUGAUCGUCAGAAUCUAAGAGUGAAUGCUGUAUGUGCGCCUGAUAAAUCAUGUGCUGAAAUUUUACCAUCCAGACCUAUUGAAGAAUUACACCGAUACGGAUUUUAUUCAUAUUUACGAGAGUUAUUUGAUGCGCCUUCUCCCGUGAUGAGUUACCUUUGUUACCAGUACCAUGUUCAUGAUGUUCCUGUGGGAACACAGAAGACCAGAGACAUGAUUGAAAGGGUCACACAGGAAACCAAUCUGAGGCAAAUUUAUACAGCAGAAGAAAGAUAUGUUAUUAAAAUAUCUGCUUACACAAAACAAACUGUCACUAGUAACAUGUGCUUGAAGGAUGCACAGUAUCUCACUAGUUCAGUGGAUACAGAGGAAAGAGGACAGUUGGAAAACCAGCGACAGGAUAUCAGUAAUACGUUAAAGUCAUUGGAUGCACGUUUGACUGCACUGUUUGAGAGACAGAAACUUCUGGAUCUCAAGGACAAUAAACUCAGGCAGGAGAAGAAGGCACUUUUAGAGAGAGAAAACCAGAGGAGGCUGUUGGAAUCAAAAAUUGGUGUGAAGAAGGAUAGUUUAAGACAGCUGGAACAAGAUGCUAUUGACCUAGAGAUGGAAUUUCAGCUGGCAGAUGUAAAAAUCAAAGAAAUAAAUAAACAGAAAGCAGAACUUGUUACUGAACUGAUGCAUCUCAUGAAGAGGAUCAUACCAUUGAACGUCAUCAAAGUAGAUCUAGCUUGUCAGAUGACCAGAGUGACUGCUAAGAAGAACAGACUACAAUCAGAGCACAAGGCAGGAACUGUACAGCUAAGAGCUGCACAGCAACGUUUUCAUGAACUGGAUAAUAAGAGGCAAUAUCUUUAUGACAAGUGCAGGGAACUGUUGGAACGGGCUCAACACAUCUGCAGAUUGCGUCCAGAUCAAGAUUUUCCAGAAGAAUUUAAAGUUGCUUUUCAGACUCUUCCAGACACAUUGGAGGAAAUUGAUGCUUUUCUGAAUGAAGAGAAAACCAGGGCUUCCUGUUUCACAGGCCUCAGUAGUUCGGUUGUUGAAGAAUACAAUAAGCAAACACAAGAAAUACAGCAGUUAACAGAGUAUCUAGAGGAAAAGAGAAAUGAGUUGAAUAACUAUAAGCAAAACAUUUCACAGGUCAAAGAAAAAUGGAUAAACCUCUUGAAAGUGAUGAUUGAACAAAUUAAUGAAAAGUUCAGUAAGUUCUUUAGUUCUAUGCAGUGUGUUGGUGAAAUUGAUCUUCAUAAGGAAAAUGAGGAGGAGUAUGAGAAGUAUGGAAUUCGCAUUAGAGUCAAAUUCCACAAUAGCACUGAACUUCAUGAAUUGACUCCGUAUUAUCAUAGUGGAGGUGAGAAAACUGUUUCCACUAUGUUAUACCUGAUGGCGCUGCAAGAACUCAACAGAUGUCCCUUCAGGAUUGUUGAUGAAAUAAAUCAGGGAAUGGAUCCAACAAAUGAGAGAAGAGUUUUUGAAAUGGUUGUGGAAACUGCUUGUAAAAAAAGGACAUCUCAGUACUUCCUCAUUACACCAAAGCUCCUGCAGAAUCUCACUUACAAUAACAAGAUGACUGUACUGCUUGUCUACAAUGGGCCUUUUAUGCUGGAGACAUGCAAAUGGAACCUAAAGCGCUUCAAGAAACGGCAACGGCGCCUUUCAUGCAUGACUUAAUCUUAAUUCUACAGAAGUAUUUUAUAUAUCUUUAUUGAAACAUCUGGCUUUCAAGAAUUCAGAAAUUGUCAAAGAGGAAAACCCUCAAAAAAAUUGAUGAUUGUGAACUUUGGUUCUUAUAACUUACACAGAUGGAUGGAUUUGAAAUGCAUGGUUUUCUUUUUCAAGUCUUUCAUAGUGAUCACUUUCUCCAGAUAACCUACUUUUCUCAAUUGUAGGUGUAAAUAAAAAAUUUCCUUUUUUUUUAUAUUCUGUCAGCUAAUGCAACAUCAGAAGUGCAUGUAAUUUUUCUAGGUUAUCCUGGACUUAUUCUGUGACUGUUGGUUUUCUAGAAGUUGGGGAUAUUUUUCCAAAAAUUGGAAUUUGCUUUUGGUAAAUAAUUUUGCUUUACCUCAGAUGUAGGUAUUGUCCCAUUUCCCUAUUGAAAUGCUAUUUCUUAAAAUUACUUCAGGUGAUCUAUAGAAAAAGAGUGGUUUGUAAUGGUUUGUUUUGUAAAAAUAAACCUGAAAUAGGAAUAUAAUAUAUUCAUAUUAUUAUAUGAAUAUAUUAUUGUUGAGGAAAUACUUUGUCUCAAAAUUAACAAAUAAAUAUAGUAACAUUUCA